UUUAAGCUAAAGCUUUUUUUUCUUCUUUUGCCUCUUGACCUUUUCUCUCCCUCUCUCUCUUGCAAAGUUUUGCCAAUUCCUGGCGAUUUUGCAGGGCUGAAUAAACUGAAUAAAGAAGAGGUUGGCAGAGUGAAAUCGAUGUCAAGAAUGAGAGCCCACUAACAGAAAGUAAAAGUUCAGGCAUCAGAGAGAGAAAAAGAUUGAGGCUUAUCUUUCAAUAUUUCUUUUACUGGAUGGUGAUGAUGGUUCUCUUUUCAUAGGGAGUAGCAAACAUCUGUUACCAUAUUUUCCUGAAACACCCACGAGUAUACAUAGAUACAAUUUUUUUGCAGUUAAAAGAAUGGCAGAGCAGUUGUUUGUGCCUGCUCUGGAUCAUGUGCUUUGAAUGCGGGUUAUUAUGAUGGGUAUCGAUUCUUGUCCUUGUUGAAGCAGCUAAUCGAAGAAACUAGGACAAAAGACGAGAGAAACAGGGAAACCCAAUUUUUUUGUUGUUUUGUUUCUUUUAUACUGUUCUGUCAUGGAGGCUACAGAGAUUUAGGAAGCAUUCCAAUUUCCCAGAGUGUGCGUUUCUUUUUAAGAAAUAAAAAUUCUUGCUUGGAUUUGUGUGUAAGGGCUUGAGAGGGAUUUCCAGGUAGAGUUUCAGCAGAAAAACAGAGAACUUGUUUUCCUUUUUCUAUUCUCUGUUACCUACUUUUGAACAGCUAAAAGUGGUUUCUGCGACUAGCGCAAGCAGCAAUUCAAGGUGGUGUGACAUUAAUCAUUUCCAAUUGUUUAAUAUUAUAAUUUCUGGGGGCUGAUAUACUUCUGAUAAGAGGUAGUUAUGCUGAGGAAUAGGUCCAGAGCAGUGACCAGCAAGCAAGCUCUAAUGGCUGAUCACAGCUCUCAAUCAACCCCUGCCCAGAAUUACACUAGACCAAUCCCAUCUUUCUUUGGUUCUCCAAGAUUUAAAGCUUUCACCACAAAGGGUCUCCCCGAUACUGAAGCUGUCAAGAGUCCUACUUCAAUCCUUGAUAACAAACCAUUAUUUCCUUUCGGUAGUCCCUUUGGUUUUGAUGUCAACCAGCCAAAAUCCCCAAGAGUUUUCUCACCUAAUAACAAACAGCAGCACUUACCUGAAAAAUUAGACUCAAAAGGAAUUGGUCUUGCUAUAGUCGAUACACUCAACGAUACACCAAUUGAGGAUAAGAGUUCUAGCGAGACAAGUAACAAAAUGGUUUUGUUUGGAGCCAAGCUCAGAGUUCAGAUUCCUCCACUGCCAUCAUCUUUACGUUCUCCAACUACUUCUCCAAUAUCUCCAACUUAUUUUGGAAUCAAGAACAGGAAUUCACAUUUAUCAUCACCAUUUGGUUCUCCCGAUUCUGGUAUCCAUGUAAAGGAUUCUCCUCGGGUGUUCACUGGAUGUCUUCCUGUUAGGGAAAUGGAGCUGUCUGAGGACUAUACAUGCGUGAUAUCUCACGGGCCUAAUCCUAAAACCACCCAUAUAUUUGAUAAUUGCGUUGUAGAGAGCUAUUGCACUCUACCGGAUAAGCCCAAGUCGGCACCAGAGAGUUUCCUGAGCUUUUGUCACACAUGCAAGAAGAAUCUUGAACAGAAAAUUGACAUAUACAUGUACAGAGGUGAGAAAGCCUUUUGCAGUCAGGAGUGCCGCUAUCAAGAAAUGCUCCUGGAUGGAGAGGAGAAUUAAGAUUUCCAUUACUGCUUGGAGAAAUUGUUUUCUGUUGCGAAUGAUUGAUUCUAUAAGCCAAACAUUGCUAGUUAAUUUUACUUCUUUUUCUUUGUAGUGUUUAGUUUUCUUUCUUUUUUUUUUUUAUUUAACCCUCUCCCCUGCAGAUAGAGAUAAGAGAGGAUGAGAUAAUGUGGGCUUAAAUUAAUUUUGUUUAAAUGAUUGCCAAUGGGCUUUUUUCCCUUUGUGUUGAUCCA